CCAAGGACCAAGCAUGAACGGGAUUAGUCGAAUAAAUGAUCAAAACCUGAAGGCCCAAUUGGCAGCCCAGUUUAAUGACUUCUAUCUCCAAACAACAUCAUCCUCCAUCAAUCAAAUCGGCAACUAUAAAGUCAUUGAGGAAAUUGGUGAAGGAGCAUUUGGCAAAGUCUACUUAGCAAAUCAUAUCCUUCUUAACGUUAACGUUGUUUUAAAGUGUGGCUUGAUCGAUGAUCCAAAUAUCGUAAGAGAAAUAUACUACCAUCGUCAACUAAAACAUAAAAAUAUCGUCAAGUUAUAUGAAAUUAUCAAAACGGAAAAUCAUUUAUGGUUGGCCCUUGAAUAUUGUCAGGGAAAUGAACUUUUCUACUACAUUUAUGAACAAAGACACUUGAAUAUCGAUACGGUUAAAAAACUCUUCAUCCAAAUCUUAAAUGGGAUUAAAUACGUUCAUUCGCUUAACCUAAGUCAUCGAGAUUUGAAAUUAGAAAAUAUACUAUUGGCCGAUAAACAGAAAACAAUUGUUAAAUUAACUGAUUUUGGGUUUGUUAGAGAGUUUAAUCCUUUGAAAAGACAAUUUCUAUCAACCAUUUGUGGUACCACCGUUUAUAUGGCUCCAGAGUUAUUGAAAAAUGAAAAGUAUUCCGGGUUUUCAAUCGAUAUCUGGUCUCUUGGUAUAAUCUUAUUCACGAUGUUAUACGGAGAAAUGCCCUUUGAUGAAGAUGACGAUUUGAAAACAAAAUAUAAAAUCAUUCACGAUGACCCAGUCUAUAAAGAAAUCAUCCCUCCCGAUGCAAUCAAUUUAUUGAAAAAAAUCUUGUGUAAAGAUCCUUAUAAAAGACCAACCUUGAAUGAAAUCAUUAAUCACCCGUUCUUAUCAGUGACUCAACCAAUCGAAAAAUCAAGACGGUCUUCCCUUUAUAACGAUUCCGAAUCAAUCAUUUCAAUUAAUCAAUAUUAUAAUACUAAUAAAAUUCCUUUCCAAUCCAAAAUUGAACGUCAUUUAUUGAAAAAAUUGGAAAAAUUAAAUAUCAACAUUGACUUCUUACAACAAUCGGUUUUAAACGAUGAAACUAAUUCAAUCACCGCUUUUUAUGACUUAUGUUUAACUCAAGAAUUCAAUAAAAAGAAAAAACGUUAUUUAAAAGAGAAAAAAUUACGUUAUUAUGAAGCUAAAAAAUCAUUGAAAAAAUCAAGGAAAAAAGUUAAAAGUGCUUUAUCCUUAAAUGAUCAAAAUAAUAAUCAACCGUUGGAAAGAAUCAUUUCAUCCUUGAGCUUAACUUCAACUAAAAAUCAUGACCAAAAUACUCCUUCUUCAAAUAUGAUUUCUUCUCCUCAGUCAAUCGACGAUCAAAUGAAAUUGAAAGAGAAAAGAAGAAGAUCGGCUUCCGCUUCAAUCAUCAACUCCAACUCUUUUGCAAAUUAUCAAAAUAAAGAUUUGAAAUCAGAAAAUAAUCCUCCUCAAAUUAAUAUCGAACCUUCCAAUGAAAGAGUCAUUUCUUUCCACCAAGAUGAUGACGAAAAAAGAAGACCGUCAAAUGUAACGGCUCUUAGUUCAAUAGUUAGUGAAAAUAAGAAAAAAAGAACUAAAAAUAAUAAUAUUCUAAAUAAACUUCAAUUUUGGAAACGUAAUAGAAGAAAUACUAUUCAUAACUUCGAUGAUGAUAUAACCCCCGAUCUUAACGAUACAAUCAAUGAUAAUGAUUUAAUGGUUAAUACAAAUACAAAUAAUACUUCAGCAUUGGAAUUCCAAUCAAACUCUUCGGACUCUCCUAAAAUUCAAUCUCCUCCUAAUCUGGAAAGCUAUUAUAUCUCUUCUGGUAAUAGACAAAUGAGAACAAGACCAUCUUCAGUUGUUUCUCAAGCAAGUCAAAUAAGUCAGUUUAGUCAGCUUUCAACCAUGUUAUCUGAAUCGGAAUUAGAUAUUUUGGAUGAAACCGAUACUAUGGAUGAAGAAUUUGAUGAUGAUGAAGCUGCCUAUGAAUCAUCUCUUAAUAUUUCUCAAAAUGAUUUUGCUCAACAUCAAAGACAACUGUCGGCGAGCAUGACCCCAACUUCAAGUAUGAAUAUUACAAAUAAUAAUAAGGCAAACAUUAAAAAAAGACCAAGUUAUAAUAGACAAUUAUCAUCUGAUAUUUCAAUCGUUUCAACUUCAACUACCGCUACUGGUCAAUUACAAAAUGGUAAAUCAAAUCUGCAUAGUAAAAAAAUUUCCUUAUCUCAAGUAUCAAGUAAUUCUUCUGAAGAGAGUCUGAUCAC